AUGACAAGUGAUUACUACUUCAGGAAAUGGAAAAAGUGCCUUGAAACAUUAAAAAAUUUAGUAGAACUUGACACAGAGUAUCAGAUAUCAAAGGCUCACGACCAGCAAAUCUGUGAAACCGCUCAACGACUAAAUGGAGUACUUGGAAACUAUAUCGUAAGCUACAACGAGGCUUUAGAAUGUCUACAACAUAACUUACAAAUUCAGAAAACUGAAUACAUUUAUAAUAUUGUGAAGACAAUAGAAGCUAGGAUUUUAGAGCUUAAAGGUCAAUUGAGGCAGCUGGAAGGUUCCUAUUGCCAGUUUUUGACCAAUGGAUUGAUAGAACACAAAAUAACUCCUCAUGACACAGAGUUUUCUAAUAUUUCUUCAAAAUACGAGAGACCUAAAAACAUUAAGAUAUUGAUAGAUGAAGCUUUACUGAAAGCUAAGGAAAUGAAAGAAAAAGAUGUACAUAACAUUGGCAACAAAGAAAACGUAAAGCCCGAAGACGAAUUCCUACAAAACUUUAAUUGGUGGGAAGAUCAAUCUAAAGUAAAAGACGAACAACCUAAAGGAAUAAAUAUCACUGCAAUCUAUGAGGUCAAAGAAGUGAUAUCUGAAGAGACAUUGAAGAGGAAGGAACUUAUAUCAUUAAUACAGACACAUGAACUUACUAGGCAAGUCACAAGAAGGAACUUGUAUCAAGCACAAAAGAGAGAAAUAUGGGAGGAAGAAUUAAAAGGUACUUUAAGCCCAGCAGCACCAUUGCCUUUAAGAGAAAAAAGUGCAAAACUGAUACAGAGAGUUGUGAGGUACGAAGAGGCUAGAUUCUUCUAUGACAUUCCUAAAGAAAAUCGGGGUGGUAUAGUCUCAAUCAUCAAGGAAGAAGUUCCAUCACCUUCAGAGUGGUUAGACAAAUAUGAAACUUACUUGGAAAUGAAGAAAUCUAACAAAAUGAAAACAUCCUACCAACUUAAAUGGGAACAACAAGAGACAAAGGAAGAAGAGACCAAGUUGAAAAGAGAAGAGUUACAGAAAAAGAAAUUAGAAGCAGAGUUACUUAAAAAGAUUAUGAAAAAUCCAACCUUACAUCCAGGAUAUCAUUAUCCUAUGUCAAAAAAGACUCAUAACAUUGUAGAGGCUUUGGAACAAUAUUUUGAAAGUUGGAACGAUCUAGACAAAGAAGAGAUUAUAGCUGUAAAAGAAAAAUACGUUAAAAUUGUAGAUGAAGAACGUUUAUGUAUGGAAGCUAAGAUAGAAGUUUGUAAGUCAGUUAAAGAUGAUAUGAGGACCGAAAUAAAAAUUUUGAAGAAAGCUUUAAAAGAUGAGUAUCUAAGAAAUGGAGAGAAAAUGCCAGAGCAAAUGAAGAAAAAAACACAAAAGCCUAAAAGCCCUCGCAAGCUGAAAAUAAAACAGACGGAUAAUAAUAUUUUCGACAAAUUAACUGAUCUCGCAGUAAAGGGACACCUAAAAGAAUAUCCGCUAACAAAUUUCGAAGACUUCCUCGGGGACUUGAAUUACGCCGGCGCUGAUCGCAGAUGUGCUUUACAACAAACUCUACAUUUCGGAGGAGAAUCAAGAGCUCUAUGGUGGGAGAGAUGUAGAGACGUAAUUCAUGGAUUUAAACGAGUAUUAUUGGUGGGGCCAAAGCAAAGUGGGAAAACAACCUUAGUUCAUGUUAUGGCUACAGUAAACGAUGCUGUAUUGUACGAACUAAGUCCAGCUCAGAUAGAGAUAGAAAAUCUAAAUAUAGAGUACUUACAACAGUUAGUCAAUUCUAUAACAACUUGUGCGAAGAUGACGCAACCUUCCAUUAUCUAUAUUAAAUAUGUUCAUAAGCUCUACUGGACAAAGGCAGCUGUG